CGCAUGCCAUUGUCAAAGAUAAAAAUUGAAUUCGGAAGUGUCUCGCUCGGUGGAACGACGUCGCUGUUAUUCGAAAAUGUAAAAUAACCAAUUUCGUCUAUCGACGAGAAUAUAUUUUCUAGAUAUCGAUAUUUCGGUUGUUGCAAUGAUUUCGAGUACACGUAUACGUUUUCGAAGCGAACACCGUGCGGACUUUCUAACAAACUAAUCAGCACGUUCGUUUUGCCGCAAUUCGAUGGGCCGCAGAUGAUACCACGUAUAGAGGUCGGUAGCAUAUUUCCAUGUUUGUGUACUUCUUUCUCAGACUGUGCCUUUUUGUCUACAUUAGUCACUCUAAUCGCAGGUGAUUGGCGCAUGAACCGCAUCGUAGCUGUGGUAAAAAAUGAAAGAAAACGUAUGUGUCGAUGUCGCAGGUAUUUAUACAAGCGCCGUACAAACGUAUCGUUUAGUGUGACAAUGACUUUUGUACUGAUCGAUGGUGAUACACUGUUUGAUUUGACUACGGAGCAGCUGGAAUACAUACCAAAGAUUGUACUCUUGAAUCGUUUUGCUCGCGACAUACAUUACGUGUGGGACAAGCUACCGAAACAUAUAAGAGUUGAUCCUGAAGUCCAGUCUUAUCGUAGGUGUCUCUUGCAUUACAAUCAUCCAGAUCAACGUACGCACAUAGACGGACCAACGUCUAUGAAAAAAGAUUGUUACCUAUGCGUAGAAGGACAGGAGCAGGACUUGUAAAUACUCUAAUAAACAAAUUACCGUUUGAGCUACACGUACCAGGGUAUCAAUUUUGCGGACCGGGUACACGCCUGGACAAACGUUCAGCACGCGGCGAUCGAGGUAUAAAUCCGUUGGAUGCAGCUUGUAGAGAACACGAUAUUGCGUACUCUCGAAACAAAGAUUUGACCAAUCGUCACGAGGCAGAUCGAAUUUUAGCUGAUCGAGCACGCCAGCGCAUAACUGCGAAGGACGCUACAUUCGGCGAAAGGGCGACUGCUGCAGCAGUUCGGACUGCGAUGAAAGCUAAGACGAAGCUUGGAAUGGAGUUCAAGAAGAAAAAGAGUCGUAGUAAGAAGAACAAGGGGGAGCGAGCUCUACCGAUAGCAAAGCGUGGCGGUAUCCUUCCGUUUCUCCUUCCCGCCUUAUCAGCUAUAGAAGCGUUAACCGGUGAUGCUACUGGCGUGAACGACGCCAAAUCUGCGCGAAAACAGCUGGAGGAAAUGCAACGGCAUAAUCGUGCUAUGGAAGGUCGUGGAGUACAUCUCGCGCCGUACAAACGCGGACGAGGAGUUCCAAAGAGAAAAAAAAAACGUCAAAAUUAAAAUGCCCGAAGGUGUAACCACCAACGUACAACUACAGCAUCUGGCAAAGCGUAUGCGUAUUCCAUAUUUCAGGGGUGUUUUUAUGCGCAAUACUUUACCAACAGAUGGGAUACACAGGAACAAGAGCGGAAUCGUAAAUUUGGAUGCUUUCGAGGGACCUGGUACUCAUUGGGUUGCGUACGCAAAACGGGGAACUCACACCAUAUAUUUCGAUAGUUUUGGCAAUCUUCAACCGCUGAGGGAACUGAUACAGUAUUUCAAGAAUAGCGUAAUCGAGUAUAAUCACAGGCCUUAUCAGCGCUAUAAUCAGAGCAAUUGCGGACAGCUAUGUUUGCAGUUUCUGCAGACGGUUGACGAUCAAUUUAAGGGCAUUCAUUGCACACUUUAACUCCAGUAUUCGUUUGAACAUGUCGCUGACGUUAACGCUCACCGGCCAAAGUAGCAUUCUCGCAGUAAGCUAUUUUCCGUCCAUCGAUCUGAGCGAUGGUGAUUACGAGCUCGGUCUUACGGAC